UUUCACAGCUGCCAUUUACCAAACUCAGGAUCAGAUAUGCAUUCUCUCAAGCUUCUACGAUUACUCUUCUUCUCCUUCUUCCUUUUCCACCUCCUGCAACUACUCCAUAACGUUUCAGGAGUGGGUGUUAACUAUGGCACCAUUGGGAACAACCUUCCUUCCCCAAAGAGGGUAGCUCAGCUUCUCCAAUCCACCCUCAUCGACAAGGUGAAGAUCUACGACACCAACCCUGACAUCCUUGAAUCUUUCUCCAACACCGGCAUUGACCUCAUCGUCGCUGUCGAGAACUCCCAUGUCUCCAACAUCAGCUCCAAUCCCUCCGCCGCUCAACUCUGGUUCACUAACCGUAUCGCCCCCUUCCUCCCUGCCACUUCCAUCGUCGCCAUCGCCGUCGGAAACGAGUUCCUCACCACAACUGGUCUCGAUUCCAACCCAUUAACCUUGUUCACCGCAAUGCAGAACAUCCAUUCCGUCCUUGUGGCCCGUGGCCUCGACCGCAAGAUCAAGGUCACUACCCCACACAGUAUGGCCGUGCUUGCCUCCUCUUUCCCUCCCUCCGCCUCCACCUUCGCUCUUAACCUCAUGCCCAGCAUGACUUCCAUAGUUGGGUUCCUUGCAGACACUGGUGCGCCCUUCAUGGUGAACGCCUACCCGUACUUCGCUUACAGAGACAACCCGUCUCGUAUCGAUCUCCAAUACGCAUUGUUAGGGAACUCCACUGGUGUCAAGGAUCCCAAGGGUUAUGUCUACACAAACAUGCUCGACGCCCAAAUCGACGCUGUCAGAUCUGCCAUUAACGCUCUAGGGUUUGGGAAUCGUUCGAUUGAAAUCACCGUAUCGGAAUCAGGUUGGCCGUCAAAAGGAGAAUCAGGCGAUACUGCUGCUACGCCGGAGAACGCCAAGACUUACAAUACGAGAUUGAUCGAACGAGGGGACUCCAAUAGAGGGACACCCAUGAGGCCUAAGGAUGUGGUGGAGGUGUUUGUGUUUGCUUUGUUCAAUGAGAACCAGAAGGAAGGUGGGGUAAGUGAGAGGAACUUUGGGAUCUUUAAUGGUGAUGGAUCGAAGGUGUAUGAACUCGAUCUAAGCUGCAAGUUCUGCAGCAGUAGCAGCAAUGGUGAAGGAAAGAUGAGUGGGUUUGGGGACAGAGGAACGAGUGGUCCGAGGGGUGCGUCAGUUUGGUGCGUGGCGAAGCCACAUGCGGACGAGAAAGUGUUGCAGGCGGUGUUGGACUUCUGUUGUGGACCUGGUGGGGUAGACUGUAAGGAAGUGUUUCAGAGAGGGGGAUGCUUUGAGCCCAAUAAACUUCAUGCACAUGCUUCUUAUGCCAUGAAUGCUUACUAUCAGAUGCAUGGCAGGAACUACUGGAACUGUGACUUCAAAUCCACAGGCCUUGUUACCUUCAGUGAUCCUAGUUAUGGAGCGUGUCGUUACCCACAACAGUAGAGGUUUAGAAAGACAAUAUAUGAAGUAGGAGACAGCUUUCAUGUCUAAUAUGAAGGAAAUGGGGAUAUAUUAAACGGAAGAUUGAUU